AUGGCAGUACACUGGACGAUUGUAGAUGAAAUACGACUUCUUAGAUGGGCAUCCGAAUUCAAGCCGGCCGGAAUUCAUAAGCAUUUUCACAUGUUUUGUAUAGUGGAAAGAAUGAACUCGCCAGAUAAGUAUCCAGUGACAUUAUUGCAGAAGGAGACCAUGAAAUUGGGGAAAGUUUUUACCGCUACAGAUAUAUGGGAGAAAUUGAGUCAAUCUUACAACUUAAAAGACAUUGACAAAAGGGAAACUACGUUUCCCAUCGCAACCACGACAGAUAGUGCGACAAAUGAUAAUGAUUAUGAUGAUAACGAUAAGAGUAUUCAUGAGGAAACGUUACUAGAGCUGAACAAUCGAAUAAGGACACGAAAACAAGACUUUACUCUGCCUUGGGACGAAUACGGGGAAUUGAUCUUAGAAAAUGCAAAAAAGAGUCCAACCCCAAAUGAAGAGGAAACGCAAAUUGAGCCUUCAAAUGAUACGAACGGUCAAACACCCAAGAAGACGGCUGAAAGUCCUAAAAAAACUGUCAAAAAGGAAGAAAACAAAGAUGUGGAAGGUGGAAAAGUAGGUGACCUAAAAGAAUCUAACCCAAAUGAGAAUAAUAGCCCUACGCUUGAUUCCAAAAACGAAUCAAUGCAAGGCCUACCAGAUGAUGGAAAAGACAAAAAAACAGAACAUUCGAGUGAUGAGGAACAGAAGAUGAAAAACGAAAGUAAAGCCGCAGCUCCUAUAAGGAAAUCUCAAAGGUUGAAAAGGAACAAAGAGGUAAAAUUUGAAGACGAAGGCAGAGAAGAAGCAGGAGAAGAAAAAGAGCAAGAAGAAGACGAGGGAUUAGUAAAAGAAGACUAUGAUAAAGUCAUCGAAGAAGAAGGCGAAGAAUGUAAUGGGAACGAAGAAGAAAAUGAUGAACGCGAAAAGUCUAGCUCUUCUGAAACCACGAAUGGAUCUGAAAGUGAGGAAGCUGACGAAACACUCGAAUCUGAUUCUGAUCAUGAGAGGGAGGACACAGAAAAGGACCUAGGUGCAAAGCCUGAUUCUGAACGUGACACUUUAAAAAGGAAAAUUGAAAAUAAGAAUGAAGAGAGUACACAGGACGGUGAAAAAAAGAAUUCCAAAGCUCAGGAUGAACCAUUAGCGAGAAGAACGAGGCAUUCGUCAUCUGCAGGGAACACCAGCAAUGAAACCUCGCCAAAGAGGCAAAGACGAAAGGCAGGUUCCCGCAAAAAUAGGACUCCGGCCACUAGAGUAUCCAGUAGGCUUCGAAACAAAAAAUAG